UGCGAUAAAUUGGAGUGACUCCUACUUUCUAAUUAAAGGUCUGUAAGGCAGUGGUCAUUUCCAACCGGUUCAGGUGAUCCUCUUUCCAUUUUUUCUUAUUCAGCAUUUCACUGCUGUUUGUCCGGGACUUUAUCUUCGGUUCUCCUUGGUGGAACAGAGGCAACAAGAUCGCAUCAGACGAAAUGGUGAAGAUUGGAAUCAACGGAUUUGGACGCAUCGGCCGUCUGGUGACCCGUGCUGCAGCCAUGGGUGGGAAAGUUGAGGUUUUAGCCAUCAAUGACCCCUUCAUCGACCUUGACUACAUGGCCUACAUGUUUAAGUACGACUCCACUCAUGGUAUUUGGAAGCAUGAAGAGGUGAAGGCAGAGGGCGGCAAGCUGGUUAUUGGCAACAUGCACAUCAUGGUCUUCCACGAGAGGGACCCUGCCAACAUCAAAUGGAGUGAUGCUGGUGUAGACUAUGUUGUGGAGUCCACUGGUGUGUUCACCACCAUCGAAAAAGCUUCUGCUCAUUUGAAAGGUGGAGCAAAGAGGGUGGUGAUCUCCGCUCCAAGUGCCGAUGCUCCCAUGUUUGUCAUGGGCGUAAACCAUGACCAGUAUGACAAAUCAAUGAAGAUUGUCAGCAACGCUUCCUGCACAACCAACUGCCUGGCUCCCCUUGCCAAGGUCAUCAAUGACAACUAUGGAAUCGUUGAAGGUCUCAUGAGCACAGUCCAUGCUACCACCGCCACACAGAAGACUGUUGAUGGUCCUUCAGGUAAAAUGUGGAGAGAUGGGCGUGGUGCCUCACAGAACAUCAUCCCUGCCUCAACUGGGGCUGCCAAGGCUGUUGGCAAAGUGAUCCCUGAGCUGAAUGGAAAGCUGACUGGUAUGGCUUUCCGUGUCCCCACCCCCAACGUAUCUGUCGUUGACCUGACGGUCCGUCUGGAGAAGCCUGCAAAGUAUGAAGACAUCAAAAAGGUUGUCAAGGCUGCUGCAGAGGGGGCAUUAAAAGGAAUUCUAGGAUACACAGAAGAUCAGGUCGUGUCCACAGACUUCAAUGGUGACUCUCACUCAUCAAUCUUUGACGCUGGAGCUGGCAUCGCAUUGAACAACCACUUUGUCAAGCUUGUUUCAUGGUAUGACAAUGAGUUCGGCUACAGCAACCGUGUGUGUGACCUGCUCCAGCACAUGUUCUCCAAGGAGUAAAGCUGAUUUGGGUUUGUCUGGAACUGGAUGCUGGGAAUCUGCCCUGGGAUCAGACUACCUUCUUGAAAGACACUGAACUAUAAUAAACUUGUGAAAUUACA